AGAAGUAUGAACUUGUGUGUGAUUGAGCUGCAGGAAGCAUUAAGAGGAGAAACGACUGCAGACACAACUCGUUAUACUCACUCUUUUGGCUUUUACAGAAGGACGAGUGGCCUUAUGGGUCCUCAGGAGGGACUUUAUCCACCGGGUCACACGUUUUCUCCCGCGCCCCUUCACUCCUGAGAGUUGUCUUGUUCGAUUAAAAAAAAAAAAAAAAAAAAAAAAAAAAUCCGGAGCACUCAGCUUGAACCCGGGCUGUUUUUCCUCUUCCCACUGUGCGUAAUUUCUCUCCCAGAUCGAGAAGAAGGCGACAUCACAACACCACGAGGACGAGGAAUCAGGAGAGACAUAAAGCAAAACUGUGGGAAACAUGAAAACCGUCUUGGAUAUCUGCUUGGUUUUCCUCAUGCUGAACAUCCCCGGCGUGCUGACCUUGUCCACACAUGUAGCACUAAUCUACCCCCAGGACCCCGUCCUCCGCAUGGGGUCCAACUUGACCGUCAGCUGCUGGGUCCAUCCCGACCUCAAAAUCCACGCCAGCUCUCUGUUUUGGACGCUCAACGGUCAGCAGCUGCCCAGCUCCAUGUACAAAGUGCUGAGCCCGACCAACCUCAGUGUGACGCUGGCAGGACUCAACGCCUCAAGGCAGACGUCUGGAGACAACCUGGUCUGUCACAACCACAAGGGGCACAUCCUGGCAGGGUCCUGCCUCUACGUCGGGAUGCCGCCAGAGAAGCCGGUCACUCUGACCUGCUGGUCCAGGAACACCAAAGACCUGACUUGCAGCUGGGCUCCAGGAGGAAAGGGAGAGACCAACAUUAGCACGCAGUACAGACUCAAGUACAAACUCAGAUGGUACGGUAAGGAGAAGGAGUGCGAGGAUUAUACUCAUUCACAGCCGUACUCCUGCAGCAUCACCCGGGACCUGCAUCUCUUCACACCCUACGAGAUCUGGGUGGAGGCCUCCAACCAGCUUGGGCAAGCUACCUCUGAUGUCAUCACUCUCGACAUCUUAGACGUGGUGACCACAGACCCUCCAUCGGGUGUGACAGUCAGCCGUGUCGGGCUGCUGGAGGACCAGCUGAGUGUUCGCUGGGAGGCCCCGCCUGCUCUCAAAGAUUUCCUGUUUCAGGCCAAAUACCAGAUCCGCUACAGACUGGAGGACAGCCAAGAUUGGAAGGUGAUGGAUGACGUGGGGAAUCAAACAUCUUGUAGACUGGCUGGACUGAGACCUGGAACUGUAUAUUUCGUCCAGGUUCGCUGUAACCCUGUGGGAAUCUACGGCUCUCGUAAAGCCGGGAUCUGGAGCCAGUGGAGCCACCCUACUGCUGCUUCCACGCCACACAGCGAGCGGUUGAUGUCGGGCUCGUGUGACUCGAAGUCGAGCGGGGACUCAAACUCCACCCUGCGCAGGGAGCUGAAGCAGUUCUUCGGCUGGGUGCGGAAACACGCCUACGGCUGCAGCAGCAUGUCCAUGAAGUUGUACGACCAGUGGAGAGUGCUGAUGCAGAAGUCGCAUAAAGCUCGCAACCAGGUUCUUCCAGGGGAUAAAUCCUAGCACAGGCUGACUUAACAGAAAGAAGA